ACAGAUUUAAGAAAGAGAGAGAGAGAGAGAGAGAGAGAGAGAGAGAGGAUAUGGGCACUGAAGAGAAGAACCGAAGCCUCAUCUUCACCUAUGGAACCCUGAAGCGAGGCUUCCCCAAUCAUGGCCUCAUCGAAGACCUGAUUCCAACAGGAGACGCUAUCUUCCUCGGCAUUUAUCGAACCGUUGAGAGAUACCCACUUGUCUGUGGACCUUUUCGAGUGCCUUUCCUCAUCAAUCUCCGUGGGCAUGGCGAUCGAGUCUGGGGAGAGCUAUAUGCCGUGACAGGAAAAGGGCUUGAUCGGAUGGACGAAUUGGAGGGAACGACUCAUGGUCAUUACGAGAGGUUACCGGUGAUGGUUAUUCCGGCAGAUGAAGCCAAUGAAAAGAGGAUUGCAGCGGUUGUCGGAGCAGAGGCGUAUUACGCCCACCAGAAUUAUGGGGAGGAGCUGUGGCGGAGCAACGGAGAGAGAGGGUUUUGUGAGUAUUCGGAGGAAGAGACGAAUGGAGAGUUGUGAAAUGUUUUUGGUAGAAGAGUUUGUGUGAUGGAUGGUGAUAUAUUUCAUGAAUAAAUUACAAAUUCGUUCUUAA